CAGCGAACAAUCGGCGCGAAUGCAAGUCAGGUAAAAGCACAAUUGAGAGGCGCUUGUGAGAUUAGUAGGCAACAAACGGCGGGCGCGACAACAACCGGAAACGGAAGUAAACAUUUUUAAGUGAUAUGUGGUGCGUUCGUGUUUGAGGCGCCAUUUGCAAUUAACUAGCAAUGCGUUCAUCAUCUUAAAAAUUGACAAGAUACUCUAGAAUUCACAUCGGAAACGGAAGUUCAAUGCCAAGAAUCUAAGAAGCCACCAAAAACAAAGGCCAUCAAACAAAAUCAACAAAACAACAUUAAACGUUACAAAUUUGUUAUCUGCGCGCGCUGUUUGACAUAAAAUAGUUAAAGUGCAUUUCCUAAAUAUACCGACUUUUUUAACUCCAUUUGUUGCAUUGGAUCAACGAUCACCAUUGACGGUGGAGUCCUCCUGCCCCAAACGGAAAAAAUGCGAUAUGGAUCGAGAGCGCGAAAGAGAUGCAAAGGGUCUGGAACCGCGCGAUUUAUCCUCCACAGGGCGCAUUUAUGCUCGCAGCGAUAUUAAAAUCAGCGCUUCGCCCACCGUUUCACCAACGAUCUCAAACUCCUCAUCGCCCACACCGACACCGCCCGCCAGCUCCUCAGUGACGCCGCUGGGUCUGCCCGGAGCGGCGGCAGCUGCAGCCGUUGCCGCCGCAGCAGCGGCCGCUGCAGGCGCCGGACCUGGAGGCGCCUCGGCCGGAGCCAGUUCCUAUUUGCACAACCACAAGCCCAUCUCGGGGAUUCCAUGUGUGGCGGCCGCAUCACGAUAUACGGCGCCGGUUCACAUCGAUGUGGGCGGGACGAUUUAUACGAGCUCGCUGGAGACGCUCACCAAAUAUCCCGAAUCGAAGUUGGCGAAACUGUUCAAUGGCCAGAUACCGAUUGUGCUCGAUUCGCUGAAGCAGCAUUAUUUCAUCGAUCGCGAUGGUGGCAUGUUUCGUCACAUCCUCAACUUUAUGAGAAACUCAAGACUAUUGAUUGCCGAUGAUUUUCCCGACCUGGAGCUUCUGCUCGAGGAGGCGCGCUACUACGAAGUGGAGCCAAUGAUUAAACAGCUGGAGAGUAUGCGCAAGGAGCGUGUACGCAAUGGUAACUAUUUGGUGGCGCCACCCACACCGCCAGCACGCCACAUUAAGACCAGCCCAAGGACGAGCGGUGCGCCAGAGUGCAAUUAUGAGGUGGUCGCCCUCCACAUCUCACCGGAUCUGGGCGAGCGCAUAAUGCUAUCGGCCGAACGGGCGCUCCUCGACGAGCUCUUCCCGGAGGCGAAUCAGGCCACACAGUCGAGUCGCAGCGGCGUCUCAUGGAAUCAGGGUGACUGGCGCCAAAUCAUACGCUUCCCACUCAACGGCUAUUGCAAACUGAAUUCGGUUCAGGUGCUCACGCGUCUCUUGAACGCCGGCUUCACCAUCGAGGCCAGCACUGGCGGCGGCGUUGAGGGCCAACAGUUCUCCGAGUAUUUGCUCGUCCGUCGCGUUCCAAUGUGAUAGGCUCGUCCAGCUACAGUUUCAGAUACAAGUUUAGUAGGUAGAGGUACAGAUACAGAUACAGAUACUGAUACAGGUACAGGUCAAUGUCGUCAUCGUCAUCGUUGUCGUCGAUUGUGGCAAGGGCGCUGUGUAAUCGUAAUCUAUGUGCGAGUUGCGCACUAAUUGCUGCCCUGGGGGCACGUUUUCUGGGUUUGCAUGGGUUCACAUUUUUGGGGGCGUGGCAUUCAAAGCUCUUGUGUUGCAUUGUGUGCGGUGUGUUUGGGUUGUGACAUCAAUUGGGGGAUUUUAUGUUUUGUUUUUUUGCGAAUUUCUAAAUCCAAAAUGUUAUUUAAUAUUUAUAUCAAUUAGGUUUUGCUAACAAGUCACCAACACACACACACAACAAUUCUAUUCUUUAGUAUUUUUAGAAUAAGCCACGACACUCGACUGUUGACAGCUGAUAGCCCCCAGCACUGAUUUGUUUUAUGGCCUAAGUUCGUGUGUAGUUCGAGUACGAAUAGUUUGUGUAGUUUCUUCGUUGCGUUUAAGUCAAUUUGUUUAGUUAAGUGCUUUCAAAAAAAAAAAAAAAAAAAAACUAUUUCGGUUAUUUAAUU